AUGGCAAUGGAAUGCCUUAGCCUACCUGGGAGCAUUCGAAGUCGACCUGAAAACAUUUAUUUUGCAGGUGCAGUGCCAGGCCCACGGCAGCCAAGUCUCGAUGGUCUUAAUCCAUUCUUAGCGCCCCUUGUUGACGUUCUUGACCGCAGCUACCAUCGUGGCACAUGGUUCAGCAGGACCCACGAGCAUCCAGAAGGUCGACGUUCACGAGAGGCGAUCGUACCAACUGUCAAUGAUCUACCUGGCUCACGAAAGGUCACGGGGAGUGCCGGCCAUUCAGCGAACAGAUUUUGUUCGUUGUGUCAUCUACAAAAGUCAGAUAUCAAUUGUCUUGAUCUUGCAAAGUGGGUACCAGUCACUUGCCAGGAGCACCGUCGGUUUGCGAAAGAGUGGCUGGAUGCAACCUCUAAAUCUCAAAGGAAGGCCCUGUACAAGAAGAAUGGUGUGCGUUGGUCAGAGCUUUUGCGGCUCACCUACUGGGAUCCUGUGAACUGGGUUGUAGUUGACGGAAUGCAUAAUCUGUUUUUGGGAAUCGUCAGACAUCAUUUCCGAGCGGUCAUUGGCACGAAAUGGGAUGAACAAGACAACGAAGUAGAAAUGGCGUUCGAUGAUCAAAUUCCCUGA